AUGGACAUCUGCCGUCUACUGCUGGACAGAGGGGCGGGGCUUGCGGUGGCCAAUCGCAGAGGAAUCGUACCAGUGCUGAGUGCCUCAAAACACGGACACACACAGGUUGUUGAGAUGCUGCUUAAACAAGGAGUGGACCUGAACGUAACAGAUAAACAGGGCCGUAACGCGCUCAUACUUGCGGCUUCAGAGGGCCACACUAGCACAGUGGAUCUCCUCCUGGCAAAAGGUGCUUCCUUGUCCUCUGUGGAUCAGGAUGGGCUGCCUGCGCUCAGCUGGGCCUGUAUAAAGGGGCAGAAAGCAGCCGUUCUUCACCUGGUGGAGGCUGGAGCCGACCUGAACCAGCCGGACCGACAGGGGCGCACUCCUCUGGACCUCGCUGCUCUCAACGGAGACGCAGAGACGGUGCACUGUUUGGUGGAUCAUGGGGCUGUGUUGGAACGGACGGAGCACAAUGCAUCUCGAGCUUCAGAGGCUUCCAUCGGCUGCCAGAAUCCCGCGCUGGUGGCCUCUCUGCUCAAAAAGGGAUCCAAAAUGGGCUACAGAACGGCUCCACACGAUCGAUCAGGCCACGCUACCUGGGCUAUGGCCUCAUCCAAACCAGAUAUUCUGCUGAUCCUGCUGCAGAAGCUCAUGGAGGAGGGAAACAUGCUCUACAAGAAAGGGCGUAUGAAGGAGGCUGGCCAGAGAUACCAGUACGCCUUGAGGAAGCUUCCACGCGAGGGACUUGGCGAGGAGCUGAAAGGGCUUCGGGAUCUGCGGGUUUCACUGUAUCUCAACCUCUCGCGCUGCCGAAGGAAAACCAAUGACUUUGGUCUCGCUGAGGAUUUUGCCACCAAAGCUCUGGAGCUGAAGCCAAGAUCUUAUGAAGCGUUUUAUGCCAGAGCCCGCGCCAAGAGGAGUAGCAGACAGUUUGCUGCAGCUUUGGCCGACCUCCACGAAGCGGCACGACUGAGCCCGUCCAACCGGGAGAUCCGUCGGCUUUUGGCUCGAGUUGAAGACGAGUGUAAACAUCAUCAAAAAGCUCUGAGCAGAGAUCCGCACGGCCACCACUGCGGAGAGGACGAGGUCUUCUCUCAGGGCAGUCUGGAGAGGCCCGUCACGGCGGAGCACAGUGACCACGAGUGUGACGACGAGAAGGACGACUGCGAUGACCUUCCGCUGUCGUGUGGGAAAAUCCCUGACUUUUGGCCUUUGAAUCCCUACGCCCCCAACAGCACUCUGCCAGGGGGCUUCGGCAUGUCCGAGGCGUCGCCCUGCUACACCCCGGACGAGUACCCGCUGUUUGGGGACCUGCCCGAGCCAGUGCCUGGCGGCCUGAGCAGACACGGCAACCGCACGCACAAUCAAAGCUACUCCGCUCAGUCGGGACGCGCGGGGGGCAGACCUCUCUCUCUGUGCGGGCCGUCCAGUCCUCUCCCAGGCAGGCACAUGUUGACUUCGCUAAGACCCGCGCCGCUUCUCGCCAUCGAUAUCGGCCCCGUUUCUUCCACGGAUCACCCCGGCCUGAGCCCCACAGAGCACCUUCACCCUCUGUCUCCCAGUAGCUGCUCUCCCCCUGGACUUCUGCAGAUGUACCACCCUCGCUCCGCCAGCUUCUCCAGGGGCACCGACAGACACUCCACGCACGCUCCGGACAGCUUGGCCUUGGCUCUGAGUUCUGGGAUGGAAGUGCGCAGAGAAGUGGGCACAGCCGGGUCACGGGGGUCCAGCUCCAGCCAAGCUUCCAGUGGGAACCUAUCGGACAGCGGGCGCCAACAGGAUCCGCCGUGCCCUAUCAAAAGCAGCGGUAGCUUCAAAGCCAAACAGGACAUAAAGCCACGUCCUUUCAUGGGGGUGAUAGACAAGUCGGUGAGGGUGCAGGGGCAGCAGAGCACCAGCCUCAGCCGUCCAGAGCGGGUGGGCGGGGCAGACGCGUUCGGCAUGUCGGUCAUGGAGUUUCAGACGCACAGCGACUACAGGCGCGCAUCGUUCCAAGACCAGAUUUGCGGGAGCGGCGGUCUGCAGCGGGAAGCCAGGCCCUCGCAGUCUCAACUACGGUUCCCAGAUGGAAGACACAGACCGCCCAGUUUGACCAGAGACAACCCUGCCCUCCACAUGGCUCCCAUCAAACCCAAACGCUCCUUCAUCGAGUCCAAUGUGUGA